ACGAGGCCCCCGGGCAAUAGGGGAUCAUGGGGCCCCUGUGUCCUUGCCCAAACUCAAAAAAGCCUAUGAAAAAGGUAUCAGGGGCAUCUCAUGGGGCCCCCUACUAACCCCGGGCCCUCGGGCAGUGCCCAAGUUUCCAAAUGGUCAGUCCGCCCCUGCUCCUGACUGACCUCCCAUGCAUGACUACUGGCCUGGCUCCUGACCCUGCCUCCUCUCUUGCCCUGUUGUUAACUAUUGCCUGCUACGUCUGGGAGACAUCUGCCCAGUUCAUUCUGCUUGUAAUCUGCAUUACCUAUAAUGCUGCCUCCUCCUCUUCACUCCCUCUUUCU